CUACCGCGAGCUCCAACAUUACAUAACCUCGUGCACGGAAAUCACGCGUGCGUGUAAAACCGUUAGAAAAAUGGACGAAUAUCAGAGCGGAGAGGAGACUGCCUUUAUUGUCGACGAAAUUAGUGGCAUUAUUAAAGAGUCAAUAGAGGCUGCAAUUGGUGGAAAUGCAUAUCAGCCGAGCAGAGUUAGCCAGUGGACAACAAGUGUGGUGGAACUGUGUCUGAGUCAACUCACUAAGCUGGGAAAACCCUUCAAGUAUAUUGUGACCUCUGUAAUAAUGCAAAAGAAUGGUGCUGGUUUGCACACAGCUAGUUCCUGUUACUGGGAUAAUAAUGCUGACGGAAGCUGCACUGUGAGAUGGGAGAAUAAGACGAUGUUUUGUAUAGUCAGCGUCUUUGGGCUAGGCAUCUAAAUCCAAGAAUGCUACCAGACCUCUUCCUCAAACUUGUAUCUGUGAAAUACUACUAUGACACAAUAUCCUCAGCAAACUGAACUACAGUUAGUAUAUGUUCCUUUACUGUACAGGGCAGUAUCUCAGUUCAAUAUUUUGUUUUGGUGCAGUUUAAUGUGGCAUUGGUUUAAACUAUACUACUAAAAAAAUUUGUU